AUGGUGUGGUGUGACCGUGGCGUCCAGAUGCUGCUGACCACGGUGGGCGCCUUCGCCGCCUUCAGCCUCAUGGCCAUCGCCAUCGGCACCGACUACUGGCUCUACUCCAGCGCCCACAUCUGCAACGGCACCAACAUCACGACGGACGAGGCGCAGGGGCCGCCGCGGCGGGCGCGGGGCGAUCUCACGCACUCGGGGCUCUGGAGGAUCUGCUGCCUCGAAGGAAUCUACAAAGGACAUUGUUUCCGGAUCAACCACUUCCCUGAGGACAAUGACUACGACCACGACAGCUCAGAGUACCUUCUCCGCAUCGUCCGUGCCUCCAGCGUGUUCCCCAUCCUAAGCACAAUUUUGCUGUUGCUGGGAGGACUCUGUGUCGGAGCAGGAAGGAUUUACAACAGCAAAAACAACAUUAUUCUCAGCGCUGGGAUUCUCUUUGUUGCAGCGGGUCUAAGUAAUAUCAUAGGGAUCAUUGUCUACAUAUCGAGCAAUGCAGGUGACCCAAGUGACAAGCGAGAUGAGGACAAAAAGAACCAUUACAACUAUGGUUGGUCUUUUUAUUUUGGAGCCUUGUCUUUUAUCGUGGCUGAAACCAUAGGUGUUCUGGCUGUGAACAUUUAUAUUGAGAAGAACAAAGAGCUGAGGUUUAAGACCAAGAGGGAAUUCCUUAAGACUUCUUCCAGUUCUCCCUAUGCCAGGAUGCCAAGCUAUAGGUACAGGAGGAGGAGGUCCAGAUCCAGCUCCCGAUCCACGGAGCCUUCUCCAUCCAGGGACAUUUCUCCAGUUGGCAUGAAGAUAGCAGGCACCAUCCCCAUGAACGAAAUUUCCAUGUACACCCUUUCCAGGGAGCCUUUGAAGGUUACCACGGCUGCCAGCUACAAUGCAGACCAAGAAGCCAGUUUCCUGCAGGUCCACAACUUCCUCCAGAAGGAAUUUAAGGAAGGACUCCACGUCAACAUGGUCAACAGGAGAACGACGCCUGUUUGAAGCACCUUCCUUCCUCGAGCUUUUUGAAGAGAUGCCCAAACAGAAUGGAUCUGUCAGGAGCGAUGUUAAAAUACCCUCUCACCUCUUUAAUUGUGGCAUGUGUUGAGGUAGCAAGUGGAGAUCCUCUGGACCAACAUAAAGAUAUUUACACGCUCGUAGCUUUUUUUGAAGCUAUUUGGAGUUUGUUUAUUUCCGUUCUUGGUGUCACAAGAUGAAGGCAGUUUUCGUGUUCCUGCACUUUUGUAGUGUGUACACAGUCUUGGAGAAACUGCAAAGGACUGGCCACCAGUGUGUUUUAAAGGAUUACAGAAAAAUUGUUGUACUUUUUUUUUUUUUCUAAUAUUGAGAUCCCUUAAUACGAACUUGCAAAUAUAAUUUAUAACCAAGCCCAAGGAUGAAUAUGAACUACUCAUCAAGUGAGCCACUUUCCUUUGACACAGCGUAAGCUUUGCCUCUUUCAAAAAAAAAAAAAAAAAAAAAGAAAAAGAAAAAAAAAGAAAAUAUUUUUGAAGGCAACACUUUCUAAAACUGACCUGUGCCACUGAAACCGUAGAGCACCCACGUACUGAGCAUUACAGACUCCCUGAUGGGGUGGGAAGGGGAUCUCCCAUUCCUGGGGUGAGGCAUCCCUUGGGGCAACGCAGGCCGAGGAGCAGAGGGUGGGUGCGUCUUGAAACACCUGGAAAGGGAAAAAGAUUAAAAGCAGGUGGGACUUGAGCGUACUCGCAGACAUCAUUUCUUGCCUAACGUUUCGAAAACUUGAAUUCUCAUUUCGACGAGCCCUAGUGCCUGAUCCGGCAAGGUG